GCCCGGCCCUCCUGAGCGGGGCCCUGGGGCGGGGGCCUGCCCGCGGGAGCGGCGGCUGCGCCCCGUUUUACAGCCCGGACUUUGUCCCCCGCCCCGGCCCUUGCGCAUCCCCGCUCCGCAGGUACCGCCCGGGAUGUCUCCCGGCUGAGCCCCGGCCCCGCUCCGCAGGUGUAACCUCCAAAAGAGCCUUUGCUUCAGGCAGUGAUGGGGUUGGUUUGGUUGUUGCUGCUUUACAUCCUCCUGCUGCCACCUGCAUUUGCUGAAGGUGUCACCCGAGUCUAUUACCUGGGGAUCCGUGAGGUGGACUGGAACUAUGCUCCCACAGGGAAGAAUGUGCUUGCCAACCAGAGCAUCACACAGAACCCAAAGGCCUCUGCAUUCCUCCAGCCUGGCAAAGACAGGGUGGGAAGCACCUACAAGAAAUCUGUCUAUAAGCAAUACACAGACUCCACAUACACCACUGAGGUUCCCAAACCUGGCUGGCUGGGGUUCCUUGGACCUGUCGUCCGAGCAGAAGUGGGGGAUACCAUUAAAGUACACCUAAAAAAUUUUGCUAGUCGACCAUAUACAAUCCAUCCUCAUGGUGUGUUCUACGAGAAGGACUCUGAAGGAUCCCUGUACCCCGAUAUGUCCCCUCAGGAGCAGAAGAAGGAUGAUGCUGUUUUCCCAGGAGGGAAUUACACCUAUACUUGGACUGUCCCUGAAGAUCACAGUCCAACUGCUGAUGACCCAAACUGCUUGACCUGGAUCUACCACUCUCAUAUUGAUGCACCAAAGGACAUUGCAUCUGGACUAAUUGGGCCAUUACUUACCUGCAGAAAAGGAGUACUGACUGGCAGUUCUCAAAGGCGCCAGGAUGUGGACAUUGAUUUCUUUCUGAUGUUCAGUGUGGUGGAUGAGAACCUGAGCUGGUACUUGGAUGAGAACAUAGCGUUGUUCUGCUCAGAUCCGGGCUCUGUAGACAAAGAAGAUGAGGAAUUCCAAGAGAGCAACAAAAUGCAUGCUAUUAAUGGUUAUGUGUUUGGGAACCUCCCUGAGGUGACAAUGUGUACUGGAGAUUAUGUUUCGUGGCAUCUCUUCGGGAUGGGCAAUGAAAUUGAUAUUCAUACAGCCUACUUCCACGGAGAAACACUCAAUGUUCGAGGCCAUAGGACAGAUGUGGUCAGCCUCUUCCCAGCCACUUUUGUUACAGCAGAUAUGGUCCCCCAUAACCCUGGGAGAUGGCUUCUGAGCUGUCAGAUCAAUGAUCACAUACACGCUGGGAUGGCUGCAGUCUAUGAAGUCCGGCCCUGUUCUCAGCAAGCUCUGGCACCCACCCUGGAAGGGAGAGUUCGGAGAUACUUCAUAGCUGCAAAGGAAGUGCAGUGGGACUACGGGCCCUCGGGGCUGGACCAGAACAGUGGGAAACAGCUGAGUGAGGCAGGCAGCCCUGCUGAGCAGUUCUUCAAGCGCAGCAGCUACCGAAUUGGGGGAGUCUAUUGGAAGGCAAAGUAUGUGGAGUAUACUGAUGAGAGCUUCCGGGAGGAAAAGCAGCCAUCAGAAGAAGAGAAACACCUUGGGAUACUUGGUCCAGUGAUCAAAGCCGAGGUUGGAGACACCAUCCUGGUGACAUUUGUUAACAAAGCCUCUUGGCCUUUCAGCAUCCAGCCUCAUGGAGUGUCCUAUGGGAAGGCAUGGGAAGGAAUGUGGUACCAUGAUGGUCUGUUGCAGAAUGGGGUUUCUGUUGCCCCAAUGCACAACUUCACGUACCACUGGACUGUGCCGAAGCACGUGGGGCCCCUGGGCAGUGACCCUCCCUGCCUGACCUGGAUGUACAGCUCUGCUGUCAACCCCAUCAAAGACCCCAGUUCAGGAUUAGUAGGGCCUCUGGUCAUCUGCAAGCAGGGCACGUUGGAUGACAACAACAAACAGAAAGGGAUCGACAAGGAAUUUUACCUUCUCUUCAGCGUGUUUGAUGAGAACCUCAGCUGGUAUUUAAAUGCAAACAUAAAGUACUUUUUGAGAGUGGAAGAGACUGCUGUGAAAAAGGAUGAUGGCUUCGAGGAAUCAAAUAGGAUGCAUGCCAUCAAUGGAUUUAUGUUUGGUAACUUGCCUGGGCUGAAUGUGUGUGAAGGAGACAAUGUGUCCUGGCACCUUCUGGGCUUGGGCAGUGAAGCAGAUGUACACGGAGCUGUGUUUCAGGGAAACACACUGCAGAUGAACGGGAUGCGGAAAGAUUCAACCAAUCUCUUCCCUCACACAUUUGCUACUGCCUUCAUGCAACCUGAUAACAGGGGGGUGUUUGAGAUAUACUGCCAGACAAGCAACCACUACCAGGCUGGCAUGAGGGAACGCUACCUGGUGUCCAAGUGUGGAGAAAGGGAUCCUGCUCCUGCCCCUCAGUACCAGGGGGUGCGGACCUACUACCUGGCUGCGGAGGAGGUGGUGUGGGACUACGCGCCCGACCGGGGCUGGGAGAGGGAACGGCACAACCAUUCUGCUGAGAGCUAUGCCGAUGUAUUUUUGAGCAACGAGAACGGGCUGCUUGGCUCCAAGUACAAGAAAGCAGUGUACAGGGAGUACACUGAUGGGACCUUCCAGACCCCCAAGGCCAGGACAAAUGGUGACGAGCACCUGGGGAUACUAGGUCCUUUUCUGCGGGCAGAAGUGGGAGAGAUUCUCAAUAUUGUGUUCAAGAACAAUGCCACACGCCCCUACUCCAUUCAUGCCCACGGGGUGCUGGAGAGGGGGACGGGAGAGCCACAGGUAGCAAACCCUGGUAACAUUGUGACAUACAGAUGGGAGGUUCCUGAGAGAUCUGGUCCAGGGCCAAAUGACUCAGCCUGUGUUCCUUGGAUCUACUACUCCACGGUGGACCCAGUAAAGGAUAUAUACAGCGGUCUAAUUGGACCCCUGAAGGUCUGCCGGAGAGGGGCACUGAAACCUGAUGGGAUCAGGAAGGAUGCAAAGAGGGAGUUUGCUCUGCUCUUCCUGGUUUUUGAUGAAAAUCAGUCCUGGUACUUGGAGGAAAAUGUGGAACAAUACAGUAAGGGCAAUCACAAGGAGAUCAACCUGCUGGAUGAGAAAUUUGUGGAAAGCAACAAAAUGCACGCCAUCAAUGGGAGACUCUAUGCAACCUUGCCUGGGCUGACCAUGUUCCAGGGUGAGUGGGUGAACUGGUACCUGCUGGGAAUGGGUCAGGAGAUUGAUGUCCACACAGUCCAUUUUCAUGCUGAGACCUUCAUAUAUAAGAAUGGCAAAAGCUACAGAGCAGAUGUUGUGGAUCUGUUCCCUGGAACCUUUGAAAUUGUUGAGAUGUUGGUUGGGAACCCUGGGACAUGGCUGCUUCACUGUCAUGUGUCUGAUCAUAUCCAUGCUGGCAUGGAGAUACUUUUCACAGUCCUGUCCAGACCAGAGCCAUCGCUUGAAGUUGUAAACUACGGCACAGAGCUGCCAGCUGAGGAUGAGUCGCAGCAGAUCAUGCUUUUUGGAGCUAAGGUGGCUCAAGGGCAGGUAGAGGCCACAGUCAUUGGUCUCGCCAUUGCAGGAACAGUGCUCUUCCUGGUCUCCUGUGUCCUCCUGGCAGUGGUCAUCUCUCUGGAGAGACAAAAGAAGUUAAGGCGCAAUCGGAGGUCCAUCCUGGAUGACGGAUUCAAACUCAUGUCUCAAAAGAAUUCAGGGCUGUAAAAACUGUGUGAAAACUUGAGGCUGUAUGUUUGGAGCAGAGGCUGGAUCACUGUCCAUAGCAAAGAUUUUGGGGCAUCACUUCAACUUCUAGGAGCUAAGGAGGGGAAGCUGGAGCCUUCACCUCUUCAUAUAUCCCCCUCAGUACUCCGUAAAGAAGUCUGCCCAGGCAAGAUCUGAAGACCCUUUGAACUGAUCGAAAACAAGUAACAAGAGUAAAUAGGUCCCUCUAAACUACUGCUCUCCUCCAAGAAAGAGGAGAGACAUUUCCCCUAUUUUCUUCUCUCAGAACUCCACUUGGUCUUUCUCAGCAGGCUGGCUUAUCCCAGAUUCUAGUCUUGCUCGAUUGCCAGAGCUGAAUUGGGAAUUCUUUCCCAAGAAACUGAGUCUUCGAAGUUAUUAAUAUCAAUUUUUUUUUUGUUUUAUGAAUCAAUUAAGAAUACAAAAGAAAAUGUUAAUUUGGAUUGUUGCUUUGUUUGGUUUUCUUUUUAAGAGUAACUGGGCAGAUGCAAAGUCAGUGCAUGUCAUGUCACAGGGUAAGAGAGUUCUGCCAGGAACCAUGGGCCUCACCACAGCCUCACCCAUGGCCUUGUGCUCUUGGCAGUGGGCUUUGGCACGGGGCUUCCUGUGGCUGUGGUGGCUGUUCUGGGAUGGCCACUGUGCCUACACGUCACAGUCACGUUGCCCUGCAUGCCCAGCACCAAGGGUUCCCUAUAAAAUACCUAUCUUCCCAGCUCACCCACCCAGUCCCCAUUACCUAAAUGGAUGCAGGUUAGUGCUUGCAUAUUUCUGUCCCUGCUUUUAUAUUGGAAAGGGCAUAAAUGAAAUCCUUUCUGUAUGGCUUUCAGAGGCAAUUAAAGCAGAGCCUGCUAAAUGGCUGCAAGGGACUGCUGUAGGCUGUUUAGGUAUAGCAGCACCAUUUAAUUCAGAACAAUAGUUAUAACAUGCUUAAUCACUCUCAGUUCAUGUUGGGUCCCUGCAUAUUUCCAGCUGCCCUUUCCUUUGGCAACAGGGACAAAGCUCAUUAAUUUCCUUUCAUUGCACGUCAUUAAGCCUGGUGAGGAGCUGGAGAGCUGUUGAAGGCUCUGAACAUGGCUGCUGUUUGCUCAUCAUCAACCCUCAUUCACCUGCUCUUGCAAACCAGAGAUUUAGAAGCUUCCCAGUCCUGGGCGAAUUUUAGAAGCUGUCACAACAAGUAAGAACUAAUCAGGAAAUAUUUUCAUUUUUUCCCCCCCUGAUGGCUUGUGAAAAAGUAGAUCAAGAAAUGUCCCCAUCAACCACUGAGACCAAGGAGUUACUGUAAAUGUAUUUACUUUCUUCAAGAAAGCAGAAAGUUUCUGCCAAAAAUUCAUCCAGUGUAAUGUUUUUUGACCAAGUGGAGCCAUCGCUGGUGGAGGUCUC